ACAGACAAACACUUUAUUGUCUUUUCUUUUUUUUUAUUUCUUGUUCAUGCUUUUGUUUUGAAAAUUUUUGGUAAAACCGGAUACGUAGCUCGUUAAGUGCCGUGUUCUUUCCAAGAUCGGCGACUUGUUUCGGCCAUAGAUCGUCAUGCCUCGCAGACACAACCAGUCGAGCUCAGGACGAUCGAUGUGUCGUUUCAAAAAAAACAAGCGCGACUCGUUUUCUAAAGAAGCUGCUGCUCACAUUUUCAUUUUCAUGGUUUUACUUUUUUUUCUCUGUGAUAUUGUUUAAGUAACAGUUAUGUCGACAAAGAAACUCGCCAGAGAGCUCGGGUUACUGAGGCAGCGGAGUCAGUCUUCCUCCGGGACAAAGAGAGCGUUGGUGUCAAAUCAGACGUUUGCAUACCUGAUCGUGAUCGACUUCGAGUCCACCUGCUGGAGGGAGAAAAACAACUACACCCAGGAAGUCAUUGAGUUUCCUGCCGUCUUGCUCAACACCUCCUCGGGGGAAGUCGAGUCUGAGUUUCACACGUACGUUCAGCCCCAGGAGCAUCCCAUCCUGUCUGGGUUCUGCACCGAGCUGACCGGGAUUACACAGGUGCAAGUUGAGGAGGGGAUCCCCCUACAGAUCUGUCUCUCUCGGUUCGGUCGCUGGCUGCAAAACCUGCAGCUCGAGAUGGGAGUGGUCUUUCCCAACAACAAACAACAGAGGUGUUCUGCUCCUUCAGCUUCACAAAAACUUUGUACUUUCCUCACAUGGUCAGACUGGGAUCUUGGAGUUUGUUUGCAGUACGAGUGUAAACGCAAGCAGCUCCACAAACCUGAUGUGCUCAACAGCUGGAUUGACCUGAGAAGCACAUACCGACUCUUUUACGACAGGAAACCCAAAGGCCUGAAUGGGGCGCUACAAGAUCUGGGAAUACAGUUUUCAGGGAGAGAACAUUCAGGUUUAGACGAUGCCCGUAAUACAGCUCAGCUGGCAGCGAGGAUGAUGAGGGACGGGUGUGUAAUGAAGAUCACUAGAAGCCUUGAGAGGGCCCCAUCAAUAGUCAGACCUGUGCUCGGAAACAAAACAUCAGACGGGAAGAAAGAAAAACCCAACACCAAUAAAGAGGAAAAUGCACUCACCACAAACAAACCCUCAUUGUCCAAGAUUCCUCUUAAAUCGUGUCAAAUAAAGUCGAGUUCAGAGAAGAGUGGAGUGAAUUUGGACGCGAAGGAACGUUCAGGUUCAGUUCAAGAUUCUGCUCAAAUCUAUCAGAGCUUGAUUUCACCCAAGACACUUCUGAAUGGCACAACUACACCUCUGUGGACACAUGGCAGGAUGUCCGUCACAUCAGCGGCUGUCGCUGACACUUCCUCCUCGGUUACGGUAAAUCAUUCUACGCUACACAGUAACGGCAACAAGAGCCUCGUUCUGUGUUCUACCACUCUGGGCUACCUUUCUCGUCUACCACGCGCAAAACAGCUCUCAAAAACCAGAGCGACGGUGGAACUCGUGGACGAGGAGAACAGUGAAGAGCUUUCGUUGGAAAUGGAGGAGAGGUGUGGCUCAUAUGAUGAUGUGGUGUUGGAGGGUGAUGGAGAAUGUGGCACCGAGUACGUAUCAGAUUUCGACAGUGGGUGUUAUUUGGAGGAAGAGCCUGACAAUUCGCAUUCAAUAGGGCUUCGGGUCCCAUUAAGGGACAAUACGAGUGCUGAAAACAACUCGAAAAUCAGUGGCUUAUCCAUAACUUCUGUCCUUACAAAAAAGAGAAGAACGGAGCAGUUAAAUGGAAUAGAGCAGCACUCCGCAACUUCAGGGCCAAAUACAGAUUUUGUUGUACCUAAGGCGGUCACUUGGUUCUCCAAAACAGGACUUAGAACCUCUCUACAGUUCCAAGAGAAGUCAGGCGGAGCACCCAAAAGCGCCACAACAAACACACCCUCUCCACUCGGGCACAAACCGUUCAUCCCAGCAAAGACCUCCACACCUAAUACCUCAUUUGCCAAACCUAAACCAGUCAUGAUGCAUAACAGAAAGAACAAUGAGACUCCUUGGUCUUCUUUUACCAUCUACACUGACACAGCACAACAGGCUGGGGCGCCCUCGCGUAGCUCCCUGUACACCCCCAAGAGUGUCCUGUGCUCCUCGUCAGCCAACACACACUCAUCAUGCACCAGCCGCUCCUCCAUUUCUAUGACGAUGAACAGAGGACAGAGGAUCACAUCCCCGCUGUGCGGCUGCGGCCGCCGUGCCAAGCGGCAGGUCGUGUCCAACGGUGGUCCGAACCACGGCCGAGGUUUUUACUGCUGUCCGGUCCGCCGCUCGGGAAGCGGGGGCAGGGUCCAGAAGGGAUGCGAGUUCUUCAAGUGGGAGUCGUCUCUGAUGAAGAGCACAAGCGCUGUGGCCUCUCCAGCCGCCGUGGGCUCCGUUUCACUCGGUCACAUCAACUCGACUCUGAGCUGUCGUCCACAACAGAGGCCGACGCUAAGAAAAAGCUAUUAAUGUGUUAAAGAGAAGCAGUUGCACCAGAUCCAUGGGUUCAAGUCAUAUUCUCACAGAGACAUUUUCAAUCAAAGUAUAAUGUCUUCUCACAGAGAUUGUUCCUGAUUUGUUGGUUAAUCACUGCUUCCCCUUAACCUUAACCAGGAGAUCAUGAAGGACAUUUUAUAUCCAUCUGCCAAACAUGAAGUACAUAACAUACAGCUGUCAAAUCAAUGCCUUUACUUAAUAGAAAAUCAUUUUAAAUACUAAUGUUAGUGAUUCCAAUUUUAAUCAUUGAUCAUGAGUUAGAAAAUUCCAUCAGUGCAAACAAUGACUUUUUAUUCUACUUCACAUCAUUGUAAAUUGCAUAGAUUGGAACAUUUAGCUUUCAUUUUAAGAUAUGCAUUUGGAUUUGGGGUAUUUGUCAUGUACAUCAUGUGUGAAUUGAAUGAAAUAGAUAGAUAAGAUAACAUAGGUGCAUUAUUGAUCGCAAGCUGUGAAAUUCCAGUGUUAGGGCAACAGGUAUCACACAACACACAUUACAAAAUAUACAAUAUAUACAAAAUAUAAAUGUUGAAAAAUAUUCAAAAUAAUGAAAACAAAUAUACAUUACAUUAAUGUAGCAGUCGAUUUUGUCCAAAGCGACUUACAAUAAAGAAUAUAAAGAAUUUACAUGAAUUGAGAUUUACUUUAUUGAUUCCAAACUGGGAAAUUUUGGUGUUACGGCAACAAAAUAUGGUAUUGUGGUCAGUACAACAUAAAGAAGAUUACUUUAGAGAUUGAGGUAAAUAUUUAUCAUAAUUAUUAGAAUCGUUAAUUAUAACAAUAAAGAGUUGUGCUU